AUGGCAGGAACAGCCAAUAAAGUGGGGAGCCGAGGCUCCCUGGGACCCUCCUUCUUGCUCUUCCUGCUGCUGCUGCUUCCCCCACCGCUUUUAGGAGAACGGAAUUUUCAGUACCAUGGACCUGGCUGGAAACUUUUGGACCGUCUGGGCCUGGGCUCCCGGAGGGCCCACCACCACCGUGGCCCAGGCGCAAGGCAUCACUGGCGCCAAGGUGCAGUAGGAAACACCUGCCAGGGUUCAUUUGACCUCUACUUCAUCUUAGACAAGUCCGGCAGCGUGAACAACAACUGGAUUGAUCUUUAUUUGUGGGUGGAGGAAACAGUGCAAAGGUUCCAAAACCCAAAUAUGCGGAUGUCCUUCAUCACCUACUCCACAGAAAGUGACAUCGUUAUGCCACUCACCUCAGACAGAGAAAAAAUAAGAAAGGGUCUUGAAAAACUUCGGAAAGUGAUACCUGAGGGACACACAUACAUGCAGAAAGGAUUUGAAAAGGCAAUACAGCAGAUUGAAUAUACCAACUCUGGAGGAGGCCACAAUGUUUCUAGCAUGAUUAUCGCUAUGACUGAUGGAACACUGGAUAAAUUUGCAUUUGAAGACACUCUUGACCUGGCAAACCAUGUUCGGACCAUGGGGGCAACCGUUUAUACCGUGGGUGUGGCCGGGUUUAAGAGAGAACAGAUAAAAGCAAUUGCAGACAGCCCAGAGCACAUGUUUGCAGUGGAAAAUGGCUUCAAAGCCAUGAAAAACACUAUUGACAAGCUCAUUUCAAAGACCUGUCUUGAUGUUUUGUCCGUGGAACCUGCCACUGCGUGUGCGGGAGAAUCCUAUGACGUGGUUAUUCAUGGAAGUGGCUUUCAUAACAUAAAGAACCAGGAUGAUGUUAUCUGCAGAUUCAAUUUCAGCAAAAACAAUAUCAUUGAUGAAAAACCAAUAAGCAUGGAUGAGAAAUCCAUAACUUGCCCUGGACCAAAGUUUGAGGAACCUGGACUAAAUGCCCUUGUUGAAGUCAGCCUGAACAAUGGCAUCACUUUCAUCUCAAACAACGUCAACCUUAACAGCACUGUCUGUGGCUUUGACCGCCGCUGGUUAUUUGCACUUGGGCCAGUCCUGCUUGGCCCGUUACUGCUGUGUUGUGUCUGGCGACUGUGUCGUAAAAGGAAUGUCAAGAAGCCACCACCUGUGCAGAAGCCAGAAAAGGAACCAGAAGAGGUGAAACCACCUCCUCCUAAUCCUCCACCACCACCACCUCCCCCGCCUCCACCGCCUCCCCCUCCUGUAAACACCUGCCCUUCUGUGAUUAUUUGUUGCUGUGGGUGCCGAGGAGUGUGCGGGAUAAGAGGGAUACAGGGCAAUCUGAGUCCUUUGUGCGACCUCCUCCAUCCAAGCUGCAGCCAGGUGUCACUGAUGUGGUGUCAGCGCAGGGACCAGGGGAGGCGCCUCAACCAAGACCUUUCACAGCGCCCAUACGCACAGUUAUCCUGCAGCUCAAAGAUCUGCCCUCGACAUAGCCUGGAUUGCCUCACCCUAGCACAGGCACUCCACAGCCCAGAGAUCUGCCAUCAUCCCAUCCGGCAGUGCAUCUCCCUCAACUGUUGCUCCAGGAGCCACCACCUCCCAGCCAGGUGCUCGAGACCUCCCUCUCGGAUGCUGCCACUUAUCCCUCCCCCUGCCCGGUCACACUAUAGAACCCCUUUGUCACUCCCAUCCCCAUAG